CCUCUGGUGGGCGGGGCCGCGGGUGACCCCGGGGCCGAACAGGUGGGCGGAGCUGAUCGCGGGGUCCCCGCAGGCUCUCACACCAUCCAAUGGAUGUACGGCUGUGAGGUGGGGUCGGACGGGCGCCUCCUCCGCGGGUACGAUCAGCACGCCUACGACGGCCGCGAUUACAUCGCCCUGAACGAGGACCUGACGACGUGGGCGGCGGCGGACAUGGCGGCGCAGAUCACCAAGCGGAAGUGGGAGCAGGCUGGGUCUGCAGAGAGACGGAAGGUCUACCUGGAGGACACGUGCGUGCAGUGGCUGCACAGAUACCUGGAGAACGGGAAGGACACGCUGCUGCGCACAGGUGCGGGGCCGCGGGCUACUCCUCCCUCUGCCCUCGGGCUGGGCUCAGUCAAGAGGAAGAGGAAACCCUCACUGGGGUCAUGCCCCUGUCUCUGAGGGCAGACAGGGCCCCUGGGUCUCCUGAUCCAGCA